AUGUUGGCCCCCCUGCCUGCCUGCCCUCCCCUCAUCCGUCCCUCUCAGAUCACACAGAAGCGGCAGUCACUACCCAUCAUGGCGUACCGGGAGGAGAUCACGCGGGCGAUAGAGCGGCACCAGGUGGUGCUGAUAGUGGGAGAGACCGGGUGUGGCAAGACCACCCAGGUGCCCCAGUUUAUUCUGGAUCACGAGUGGGGGAAGGGGAGACGCUGCCGCGUGCUCUGCACCCAACCCAGGAGGAUUUCCGCCACCUCUGUGGCGGAGAGGAUAGCCGCGGAGAGAGGGGAGAAGAUCGGGCAAACAGUGGGGUAUCAGAUCCGCCUGGAGUCGAAGGGAAACCGCUCCUCAUCCCUCUGGCUCUGCACCAAUGGCGUGCUGCUGCGCUGCCUUGUGGGGUUGGGGGCGCACUUGACCCACGUGAUAAAACGCAUAGCAGCGGAGAGAGGGGAGAAGAUCGGGCAAACGGUGGGGUAUCAGAUCCGGUUGGAGUCGAAAGGAAACCGGUCCUCAUCUCUCUGGAUGUGCACCAAUGGCGUGCUGCUGCGCCACCUUGUGGGACUGUCUGGCCUCCCCUCCCUCCCUCCUGCACUCCUCGCUCGCCCCUCUAUCACCGUCUCCUCUCCCCCGUUUCCCCCUGUUCCCGUCUCUCCCCUUCCCUCCCCCCCACUUCCUUCCACCAGUGGCGGAGAGGAUAGCAGCGGAGAGAGGGGAGAAGAUCGGGCAAACGGUGGGGUAUCAGAUCCGGCUGGAGUCUAA